AUGAACAGGACAUGCUUCGACCGGGCGGACGUGGUGGUGUCGUACGCGGGCGUGGCGCUGGGCUGGGCUCGUGCGGAGCCGUGGGACUGUGCGGAGAAGCGACGGGCCAAGGACGUGGAGGUGGUGGCCAGGGGCGGCGGCGUGGGGCUGCCGAUGCACCUGCGCGACCGCAUGGCGUCGGAGUGGCGGUCGGGGAAGAUGGAGCUCGACAUCGACGUGACGAUCUUUGGCAAUAUCGGUGCUCCCCCACGCCGCCGGUGA